UUACAAAUCAACACUAUGCGGGCUUUCAGCCUUGCUUUUCUCUCGCUGAGAUUUUGAUCACUGCCAUUUUCUUCCUUUUGUUUUUUCGAGUAAGAGAUUGAUUGAAUAUUUGAAUAAAAUAAAUUGGCACUGAUCACUGCCAUUUCCACUCUUCCACAGCUUUUUCUUACCUUUUUCCUCUCCACUAAUAACACUAAUGGCGGAAUCCGAUGAAACACCGUCACCGGCGACGACACCAUCCACCGCCCCAAUAUACAUUCACCCACGCAGGGAGCCAUUUGAACACGGCCUAUUACCGAUCCCGAAGCUAAUCUUCACCGACGGAACACAAACCCUAGGUCCAAUUAAGGACAAGCUAUUAUCCUCCCUUUCGUCCUCCGAGUCAAGUACUACGAACCAACGCGUUAACACGGAAUCCAUUGCUGAGUCCCUUCAGAUCUCGCUCGAACACGCUCGCCUCGUCCUCGAAACCAUUGCUUGUGUUCUUCACUCCGAUUCGGACCCUCUCGUUACCGCUAAGCCCUCCGAGGUCGGCUCUAUCGGUGUUAAUGUGUUUGAUUUGGUUGUAUUUUUGUACAUUCAGAGUUACAAAAGGUUGCUUCCUAAAGGACAUAAGGAUUCAGCUGCCGUAGCUGAUGUUUGGCCUUCUACUUCGGCUUUCGACGGGUUCUUGUCCGCAUUGUCGCCGUUGCAGCUUGUACGUAGCAAUAGUCGACGAAAUAUGCCAUCACAAUCUGAUGAAGAGGCUCAUCAGUUAUCCUAUUUACAAAAGCACCUGGGAAACAUUCUGUCUCUUUUGUCAGAGGCAGUAGAAGGAGAGGGCGACGAAACACUGGUUCUGUCCGCAGAGAAAUUUGAGCAUCUUGGUUUUCUAUUCUAUUUUGGUGAAAAGGGAUCUGAGAGAAUCCCAUUGAGUCAGAAUGCCCCAUUUUUUGCCAAUUCAGAUCCAGACAUGCCAGCUGUUCCUGUUCCUGCAGCUCAAGUACAUGAUUGGCUGCUACAAAAUAUAGCGUCUGCUCUGGAACGCAUUACUGAGAGGGCUUCUGCGAAGGAAAAUGGACCAACCAGUGCCAUCGACCAGGAUGUGCCAAUGGCUGAUGUCUCUGCAAGUUCAGUAAAGAGUUCAUUGAGUCCUAGAGGCCCAAAUUUCAUUGAGGGAAUCUCGAAAACAUCAUAUGUACGUCAGCCAAAUGAUCUUAAAGGCUCUUCUGUGAAGGUUGUCAAUUGCCAUGAAUCAGUCAUUUACAUUUUAGCACCUCUGAAAUAUGCUACAGUAUACGGAUGCUCUGAUGCAACCAUUUUCCUGGGAGCUGUUGGCAAGGCUGUAAGAGUUGAGCACUGUGAACGUGUGCAUGUGAUAGCAGCGGCUAAACGUAUCUGUAUCAUCAACUGUCGUGAAUGUGUAUUUUUCCUGGGAGUAAAUCAAACACCACUUGUUGUUGGUGAUAACCAUAAAUUGCAGGUGGCUCCAUACAAUACUUUUUACUCCCAGCUGGAGGAGCACCUGAAUGUAGUUGGUAUUGAUCCAGCCAUCAACAAAUGGGAUGAACCUGUGGCUCUUGGCGUUGUUGAUCCACAUGAUUCGCUUUCACAUCCUGCAGGUGUUUCUGAUGUUCAGACUGAGUCCGCCAGUCGCAUAGACCCCGAUCAGUUCACUAACUUUUUGAUUCCACACUGGUUUGAAGGUGAACAAUCUGGGUCAACAAAAAACAAUCCAUUCCCUUUACCUGAUGCUUACAUGGCAUCGCAGCAGAGAAGGCAAAAAAACUUGGAGGAGAUUAAGCAGAGCUUGCGGGAAGCUGAGCUUGAAGAGAGCCGGAAAAAGGAAUUAACAACAGCUCUCCAUCAGUGCUUUAAAGACUGGUUAUAUGCUUCAGGAAAUAUACGGCAAUUGUACUGUCUUCAAAAUGAUUAGACUUCUACAGAGGUCAUGCAGCAGUAUUGCAAAGACAGUAGCAGAAACACAUGACUUUCCCUGUAGAUUUCAGUUUCGCCACAGCAAGUUCCUCUUUUGCCAUUUCUUUUGGUGCUUGAGGCAGCUGAGAGUUUUAAUGCUAUUGCCUGUGCACGCAUGAACAAGUUCAAACUUUUGUACUGUUGUGCAGAUUUAAGUUAGAAUGGCUUUUUGUACUGUAUUUCAUUAAAGCAGAAUGCAUUCUCCUGUACUAAUAUGGUAGCUUGUAUUUUUUACAUUAGGUUCUCCAUUUCGCCUGACUUACUAGGUUCUGAAAUAUAGCACUCUGUUUUAGCAUUUGUUUGCUUUGGCUUGUUGGGUUCCUGUAUACAAAUAAGAGAUGCAGAAGAGAGGCCAGUAUUUUGUAGAACUGGUCACAUAAACCCUGAAAAGAAUCAAUUUUGUAUUCUAAAUGCAUUUCUGAUAA